AUGAGAGAGGAGGUCAUCAGCUCCGGAGGGACCAUUGAUCCUACUCCUGCUGCCAGUUCGGCGGGGGCAUCUUCACCGACUGUUCCGGCAAAUGUGGGGAGUGUAGAUGGGUCUAUUCAUGGACAAGGCUCCAAAGGAGCAUCUAUAUCUUGUGUUGGUUCACAACCCCCAAUGACGUCUUUGAGCACGAGUGCUGGUGGUGGUGGUGGUGGGGGUAGUUCUGUUUUUGGAUCAUCAAGACUGUCGUGUAGACCUUGGGAAAGAGGAGACUUACUGCGUCGCUUAGCUACCUUUAAGCCUUCAAAUUGGUUUGCAAAGCCCAAGGUCAUCAGUUCAUUGGCAUGUGCUCGGAGAGGUUGGGUGAAUGUUGAUGUUGAUAAGAUUGCAUGUGAAUCAUGCAAUGCAUCCCUGGGUUUUUCUUUAUUGCCAUCUUGGACUCCUGAUGAAGUUCAAAAUGCAGCAGAAGUCUUUGUCAAGCAGCUGGAUUCUGGUCACAAAGUUGCUUGUCCAUGGAGAGGAAACAGCUGCCCAGAAAGCCUGGUGCAAUUCCCUCCUACCCCUCAGUCUGCCUUAAUUGGGGGAUAUAAGGAUAGAUGUGAUGGACUUUUGCAAUUCCACUCUCUACCUAAAGUAGCUGCAUCUGCAGUUGAGCAAAUGUGGGUUUCUCGGGGUCCACAGGUUGAUCGCUUUCUGUCCCAGUCACAGAAUCUUAUGGGAGGGGAAGUAGAUUUUAAAUCAGAAAGUAUACCAGAACUGGAAAGCUCCCGAGAUGGAGCAAUCUAUUUAUAUUCUCGUGCUCAGAGGCUUAUAAGUCUUUGUGGAUGGGAACCGAGAUGGCUUUUGAAUAUUCAGGACUGUGAAGAACAUUCAGCCCAAUCAGCUAGGAAUGGAUAUUCCAUUGGGCCUACGUAUGCCCAGAUCCAUCUUUCACAGGAACCUGGAUCAAGCAGGAAAGCAGUUUCUGCUUCUGCUAGAAAGGAUGCUGGAAAGAAUAAAGUGUUAGUUAAGGAAUCUAGAGGUGAUCUCAGGUCACCUUUACUAGAUUGCAGCUUAUGUGGUGCUACAGUUAGAAUUUUGGAUUUCUUAACCAUUCCUCGCCCUGCACGAUUUACUCCCAACAACAUUGAUAUUCCUGACACAAGCAAGAAAAUGGGAUUGACACGUGGGGCAAGUGCAGCCAGCGGGAUUAGUGGUUGGGUUGCUGCUGAUGAUGCAGAGAAAGAACAGACUGAAGACCGUGAUGAGGUAGCAACAACAACUGGGGGGAGUUUGGUUCCAAAAUCAGAUGUUGAUUUGAAUCUCACAAUGGGAGGUGGUUUCACUUUUAACCAAUUCGGCAGAACAGAAAUGUCUGGAAACAUUCACGAUGUAGAUAUGGGAAGGGAUCUGAUGAUUGGGCAACCUGCAGGCAGUGAGGUUGGUGAUCGUGCAGCUUCAUAUGAAUCAAGGGGUCCCAGCUCUCGUAAACGGAGUUUGGAAAAAGGUGGCAGCUCUGUUGAUAGGCCACAUUUAAGGACGCAGCAGGCUGAUAGUGUUGAAGGAACUGUCAUUGAUCGUGAUGGUGAUGAAGUUACAGAUGGUGGACAAUAUUCAGCUGGGCCUUCAAAACGUGCUCGUGAUUCAGAUAUUUUCGAUACACAUUGUUCAUCUGGUGCUGGUCCGAGUCAUUCAAUGGGUCUUGAAAUUUAUGCUGAUGGUAAUAGAGUUGCUUCGUUUCAGCAAGGUAGUGAUCAAUUUGCAGGAAUCCAUUCGAAUAGGGAUUCGGCACGUGCGUCAUCAGUUAUUGCAAUGGAUACAAUCUGUCACGGUACAGAUGAUGACUCUAUGGAAAGUGUUGAAAAUUACCCGGGAGAUGUUGAUGAUGUUCAUUAUGAUACUCAUUUCCCCACUUCUAGUACGUAUGGAAAUCUGGACAUGAAUGAUACAUCAGAAUUGAAUAAUAGUAAUCAAGCUCAGCAGAGCAUUGGUUUCCAACCUGUUGCUGAUGUGAUUCCUGGGGAAAUGGGUGUUAGUAGUACAAAUGAUGGGGAAGAAAUUUUCAACACAGAAACCGUGACUGCUCAGGCGCGGGAUGGGUUUAGUUUCGGGAUUAGUGGAGGAAGUGUUGGAAUGUGUGCUAGUCAUGAAGCUGAGAUUCACGGGGCUGAUGUAUCUGUCCAUAGAGCAGAUAGUGUAGUUGGUGAUGUGGAGCCCAGAACAGAAGAUGCUGAAAAUCAGGGCCAGACAGGCGAAUCUGCCCCAGAUCCUGGACUGAUGGAUGAAAUUGUACCUGAUGAAAUAAAUAGGGAAGAUCCACACGGUGAUAGCCAGGAGAUGCUAUCUCGAUCUGUAGGGAGGGCUGAUAGUGGCUCAAAGGUUGAUGGGUCUACUAAGGCUGAAUCUGUGGAAAGUGGUGAAAAGAUUAGUCGAAGCUGCAAGUUAGAGAACAAUGCCCGCCCUUCUCUUUCAUGCAAUGCUAAUGUUUACUCCAAUUAUAGAACAACCAAAAAGGAGGUCAAAAAUGCUGGCAAAUCUUCAUUUACGAACAAUUGUGUGUACCAAGAAUCAGAAUAUGCAGUUGCCAAUGGGAUAGGACCUCCAAAAGGUGAGAGCAAUUAUGAAGAACCUAUGGAAUUUGAUCCAAUUGGCCAUCACAACCAGUUCUGCCCCUGGGUCAAUGGGAAUGUUGCUGCUGCUGGCAGUAGUGGCUGUGGCCCUGGUACCAGUGCUGAUGUUGUUGCACUUUGUGGCUGGCAGCUGACCUUAGAUGCGCUUGAUGCUUUCCGUUCUCUGGGGCAGGCUGCAAUUCAAACGGGACAGUCCGAGUCAGCAGCAUCUUUAUACAAGGAUGAACACCAAAACCCUGGCCAGAAGCUCCUUCGACACCACUCUACGAGUCGAAGCCAGGGGCAACAUUGA